ACACACGCACACACACCUGCAAACAGUGUAGCUCCCAUUGAGCGCCACGGCGUCGUCUAUUCCCCGCUCACCUAUACACAGUCGCACCUCUGCUGCCGUGGCCCCCACGUGGCCCCUCCCUUACGGACUGGACCGAAAAAUAGGUUAAAUCUGUCACUUGGAGUAGCCGAGAUUAAUGCACCAGGAGCGUUCGGAGAUCCCUUCCCAUCCGUCCGCUGUUUUACCGAUCUGCCCUCAAAGCUUUCACAGGGAGUAGAUUGCAUUUUAAAUCCUGAUUUAUUAUUUUAUUGGCGACCGGCAACAGCAGCAGCACCACCUCCGGUUGUUAGACCCAGACCCGUGGGCGGCUGGGUGGCGUCCGUCUGGGCGAGCUGAUAGGACGAAGAUUUGGCACUCCUACCAGCUUUAUCCCCAAAUCUCAAGAUAUGGCGAUGAGAAGUGAGAUGUAGAAAAACGGAUGGGAGGCCAUUCAUGUGGGUCUUGGCUUCAGCUAAAACGGACCAAAUCUUGCAACACCACCACGACCAUCAUCCUCAUCCUCCCCCUCAUCAUCUAACCAGUUGAUAUAUUUUUUUAAACAAGUAUCUAAAAAGUGUGCAGCACAUGACACGUUGGUGAAUCCCCGAGGCAGGUCCCACACAGACUGAAUGAGUCCAUCUUUGGCUGUCGGACGGACUCCUCAAGAGCACAGGGCAGAUGCAAACAGACUAAACACAUCUUGGCAAUUCAAAAGACCCUCAGCAUCUCCGCCAACGGUGUUCUAACCUAGCGGGGUGAAUCUCACACCGGGGGACCAGUCUUUUCACAGGCAGGGAGAAGAUGCCAUUCCACCAUGUGCGGGCGGGCCUGCUCUAUCCAGACAACUACCUGAGCAGCUCCCUGACGGAGGGCAGCGAAGCCUUCCAGCUCACCAGCAUCUCCACAGAGGAGCUGGGAGAGAUCCGUGAUGCGUUUCGGGUUCUGGAUCGUGAUGGGAAUGGUUUCAUCUCUAAACAGGAGCUGGGCAUGGCCAUGCGCUCCCUGGGUUACAUGCCCAGCGAAGUGGAGCUGGCCAUCAUCAUGCAGAGACUCGAUAUGGAUGGGGACGGCCAGGUGGAUUUCGAGGAGUUUAUGACAAUACUUGGGCCCAAACUGCUGUCAUCUGACAACAGAGAAGGAUUCCUGGGCAACACCAUCGACAACAUCUUCUGGCAGUUUGACAUGCAGCAGCUGUCUUUGGAUGAACUGAAGCAGGUGCUGUUCCAUGCCUUCCGGGACCACUUGACAAUGAAGGACAUAGAGAACAUCAUCAUCACCGAAGAGGAGAGCCUGAAUGAAACCUCAGGGAACUGCCCUGAGUAUGAGGGAGUCCAUCCUAAGAAGAAGAAUCGGCAGACAUGUGUCAGGAAAAGCCUGAUCUGCGCCUUCGCUAUGGCUUUCAUCAUCAGUGUCAUGCUUAUCGCAGCCAAUCAGAUGCUACGGAACGGCAUGGAGUGACCAAUUGCACUGUGAGCAUGGGGAGUGGACAGAACAGCCAUGACCUCACCUCUUGUCUUUGCAGCCAAAGUAGGACCAGCCACAACCCGAGCACUUCUCUAAACAAUCAGUUGAGUUUUUUGAGUAUAAUUUGAACUUACCUUAUAGAAGCAGACAAUGUUAGUUGAAUAAAGAGAUAUAUAUUUGUUUUGCUUUGAAGAUGUCACCAUGUAUAGUUAUUGAACUUACUGGUCACAAGGAUCCUGAACUGAAAAAUAUAAUUUUGUUUUUAUAUAAACCGUGAGAAUCAAUGGAGGGUUUUUAUUUUGGCGAAGACCACCCUUUAGAGUUGAUUUUAUAAUUACAGAAAAAUGUUUAUCAGGUGCUUUGAGCCAUUCCUAAUUUCAAAACAAACAGUUAUUAUGGAUAACGGCAUAUUUACCCUCAAGAAGUAGCGUUGAAUGUGAGUGAAUGUGAGCACUGAAUGUUUGGCACAGUAUGCAUAGCAAAUCCCUCACAUCUCAUAUAGCCAUUUAUAAACAUCACAUUUUGUGUGAAACAUCAGAAUCCUCGACUGAGUCCACUAAUCUUGGGGCACAUGAAGUCUUGAUGUGUAUCUACAACAAGAAGCACAACUUAAUACUCAGUAAAUGGCCAUUUAAGAAUCAUCACUGUCCCGCUAUGUUCUCUACUAUUAAGUCUUAACAUUGAUUGAUUGAUUGACUAAACAUUUUUAAAUGACCACACAUUUGUGUGGGUGUUUAAAGGCAGUAUUUAAUGUAAGCUCAGGCUGUCUGAGAGGUGUAAAAUGAAGGAAGAGACCAAUAUCAAAUAACAUUGGAGCUACAUUUUUGGUUAGGAUCAGUCUGAGAUAAAUUCCAAUAUUUGUAGUUAUGUGCUGGUAGAAAAUGUUUGACCUCAGUAUCUCAUUGUAAUACUGCCCAAUUGUGGUAAAUAUAAACCAAACAAGGAGCAUGCCAGUAUAUACACUGCCAUAUCAAACAUUACUCUAACUCCCAUGGAUGUAAAUGUAUAAAUACUACUACAUAUCUUGUGUAAACAGCAGAAUGUAUAAAAGGUAAAAACUAUUGAGAUAAAUCAGGGAUAUACAGUGGAGCUGUGGCAUGCUGUUGGUAGCUGUUUUCUUGGAAAAGGUUGUAGUCUAGUGGUUAAAAUUAGAACUGCAGCUAUACGCUUGAACAGCCAUGUUUACAAGGUGUUUAGAAGUGAAGAACAACGUCACUGAAUUUGAGCUUUGAUAUGUGUUGUGUCAAAAUCCCAAGGGCAGUUUGGUCUGCACUGGUGAACAUUAAUUAUUUUUAAUGGCAAAACCAAGAAUAUCUUUCCCCCACAACCCAAACUGUGUUGUUGCACCAUUCUUCAGCUCAGGGUUGGAUGAGAGACUAAAGGUGACUGCUUCAGUACCUGUGGUAGUUUCUGGGGUCAUAUCUAUGUUUAAUGGUUCAGACCUUAUAGCACUACAAUUGUAUAAAGCUUACUGGGGUGAAAAAGAUUGGACAAGACCUUGUCAGAUUUUACCAUUAUGUUAAUCUCCUUUUAUAAUAGAGACCCCCCAGCAACAGUUGAUUGUUAAUCAACUGUGGGGAUAGUAUCCCAAUUAUAUGUUCCUAUUCUGUCAUUGUUUUCCAAAUGUGAAAAAUGUUCAACAAAUUAUCAUUUGAAACUAAGCAUACGUGAGAUCACGUUUAAAGAGUCAGUAGAACACAGUUAAUUACAGCUAACAUAAUUUCCAUUAUUUAUGUAAUUAUUUUGUGAUAUUAAUAGAUAUUGUAAACAUAUUUUUAUUAGUAAUUAUGACAAUUAUUUUAACCAAAUCGCCCAGCCCUUAGUUGAUGCCAUCUUUGAAAUACACUUGUUGGUGCAACAUGUGGAUUUGUAAAUUUUAUGGUGCUCCCCUUGAACAAGAUUUGAUUAGAGACUGAUUUGUUGUCCUUCUCCUUUGGAGCGAUUAUUUGUUCUUUUGUCUAAUGAAAACAGAUAUUUCAACCAAACUAACGUGCAGCCCUGUGAGUUUUUACGCUGUCCAGGUCUGACUAAAUAUAAUGGGGAGAGGGCUUUCUCUUGAAAAAAAAAUAGCUUUGUAAGAUCAAGUAUCACAGCAAAAAGUAUUAUACUGUAAUUCAGUAUGCAUGUUGUUAUUUAGAUUUCCAUGUCUUUAAAAGACAAGGAGAUCGAUUUAAUGUUUCUUUGUGGUGGCACAGCUUUGGUUUAAAUAUAGGUAUGUAUGUACUAUUGUCACAUAUUUGACUUUCCAGUUUAUACUGUAAUAGCCAUUUUUUCUAGUUUCUACCAGCUAUUAAUCAAAUCAGAGUGCAGGAGAGGGCAUUUUCAUAAAUAUGCAAAUACAAGGUCACAUCAUUAACAUCAUCAUCAUCAUCAUCAUCAUCCUCAUCUCUGUUUCACAUCAUCUAGAGUAGAGUCUGUAGACUGUGGAUGGUUAAAAUGUACAUUGAAUAAAAUAUAUUGUGUGUUUUAGUCACAUUAGGUUUUUAUUUAAUGUUCCCACUGCCUCAUAGUCCUGUGUAAACCGCUGUAUAAUGUAUGCUACACUUAUCCUUGUGAGUCAGUUCACAUCUUGGAUAUUCUCAGCACAUUGACAUUUGACCAAUGGACCAUGUUUUCACCUUUCUCUAUUAGCAUCACGGUCCUUUUGAAACCAGCAUAGACCACUUUAUCUUAACAAUUCUUUAAUAAUUGUGCCAUUCAGACCAUCCUUGCAUGGCUAUGUAAGGGGUACUCGUGUGGAAGACCUUUUAUCAACACUUUUUGAAGUUUACAUUAUUAUACUGUACAUCUGUAACAGGACAGAAUUAGGUUAUGAUUUUCAUGUUUUUUAAAGUUUAUUUUAAGAUUUGUUUUUGCCUAAACAUGUUUUUACCUUGUAGAUUGUAAAGAGAUAAAAUGUAACACAAAUACAACUUUGGCAUGCUGCUUAGAAAAAGAGGAAAGAAAACAGCAAUAGUCACCAACUGAAUGGAUAUUUACUUAAAAGUGCAAAUAACAUGUUUAAUCUGUUUCAUCUAAAACAAUAUAUAUAUAUCUAUAUAUGUUUAUGCAAUAAAACCUUGUUUUGAUA